AUGGUGGAGAGGAUUUACAUCGAGCGAUUGGAUGACCGGUGGGUCGAUGAUACCACGCUUACCGCGGAAGGCAAGCCGUCUCCAGUGACGUUUGACGCGUGUGACCGUCUUCAAUCUAUCGCCAUCAAGAAAGCUGACUUCAGAUCUGUGUUUUACAUGGGCAUUUCGAUGCCUGCAUUGGUGAAACAGUUUAAGGUGAGCUUUGCCAAAUGGAGUGAUACUGCCGCAUUGCACUUUGAAAACCUUUCGCGGCUCGAACACUUUGAGUAUUGGUGUGACGCCACAAUGAAGCAAUUGGGGUUGGAAGAUGUAGACGUGCCGUUGCUUUUCGGUCCUCAUCUUGUCCCCAAUUUUGAUGAAAGCCAACAUAUGGGGAUGUAA